AGAGUGAAGACUUUAUUUGACUUUAAGGGGUCUAAUAAAGUCGGCUGACGUUAUUCCGUUCACAUUCGUAUUAUUUCGCUCGCCGGACCGUGAGAUGAGGAGGGAACAGUAUAUGUGAUGAUAUGUCUGCAGUCCACCGGGAUGUCUGACGUGACUGUGUAGAAUGCGGGUGCAUCGGUAUGUGACUGUUCAGCGCGCAAGGGUUAGCAGAGGAGAGGGGAUGAAUGGGGUACGACGGAUGCAUGCGGAAAAAUGAAUGAGGCAGAGAAUGAGUGCGAGGAAUGACGCAGUAAAAAGGAGGGGGGGGGGAGGUCACAGUAUGACUCUCAUUAACCCAUUGUUUGCCACUUAAUGAGACACUCUGAAACAGGCAAAUCGGAGAGAGUCUCUAGCACUUAAAGGGUGGCAGAUAUGGGAUCCUGCUUUCACCAAAUAGUCUUUUUUUUCGUUGCAGGGAUGAGCACCGCUUGCAAAGAUUGUGUCUUAUAAAUGAAGGCAAUAAAUGCUACAAUGUGCAGAAAAUAAAUUAAAUAAAAGGGGGAAAGGUUCUCUAUAGCAUUCUUGAUUAUUUUUGUCCAAUUUCUUUAUUUCCUUUUAAAAUUCUGUCUUUUGCUCUGUCCAUCCCUCUCUCCCCUUAUGUAUUUAUAGCUCUCUCUCUCCCUCACUCCCACUCACUCCCCCCUCUCUCCACCUUCUCAGCCCCUGAUUGGUUUGCAACCUGUAUGCCACUGACAGACAAAUUCUUGAUACGGAGAGAUAGAGACAGAUGGAUAGGGAGACUGAACAGGUUAAAAGAGAGGGGGGCAAAAAGGAGUAGGGAUUGUAAGAGAGAAAAAAGAAGCAGCAAGCACCUGAGAUCCGCACUUGUACCUGGGAGACUGACUUGUCGAAGUCGUCCUGAGCUGCAAGCAACACCUAGAUCUGCUCUACCUAUAGAGACGUACAACUGGCUGCUGGUCUCUAGUCCCAUACAAAGAGGCUUGAGUGCUAGAACAGCCCAGAUUUUCCAGCGAAAGUUGUGCCUGGCAAAGAGGCAGCAAUAGAAAAGUUACCUGACUGAAGAGACUACCUUCAAACAAGAAAUACUCCUGACAGAUAUAGCUUACCAGGUGGUUUACUAAACGUUUAACCAUAAAGUAAAUGAAAGUCACCAAAUGCAUCAUUAUGUACGAGAUAUAAGAGUAAGCUCUAUCUACCUAAUAAAAUUAAGAGACGCCAAAGCCCAACCAAAGAGAAAUAUACUUGACUAUAUAAAAUACAUCUAAAGAAGAUAAGUAAAACAAGUACCAAAAGCCUUUUCUAAAUUCUUAAUGCCUUUACAUUAUCAUUUUCCUAUUUAUAAAAUAUGAGGUGGCAACUUGCAUCAACAUAUGUAAAUACUUCUCAAAGAGUUGGAGAGAUAUUAAAGUGCCCAUAAGGUGCCAAAAGGAACUCUUAAUAGAAACAUGUUCUGAUCUCCCUGCAAAUAUGACUCCAACAUCUCCUACAAGCUUCUUUUCAAUUUCUUAUGCUGACAUUAAUACAACGCUGUAUGCCAAUGUCUCUUCUACACCAAAUAGAGCUCCUGGUUUACUUAUCCCUUUAGUCUACCUAGUUGUAUGUGCGGUUGGGUUGUGGGGUAACACCCUGGUGAUAUACCUGGCAUGGAGAAGCCCUGCUGGACCAAAUUCAGUAACUGCUCUUUAUAUCUUAAAUUUGGCUUUGGCUGAUGAUCUUUUUAUGUUGGGCCUUCCUUUUCUGGCUGCCCAAAAUGCCCUAUCUUACUGGCCCUUUGGCUCACCUGUUUGUACAAUAGUAAUGACACUGGAUUCUGUAAAUCAAUUUACAAGCAUUUUUUGCCUAACUGUGCUGAGCAUAGACAGAUACUUAGCUGUUGUUCGACCUAUACAGUCAGCAAAAUGGAGAAGACCCAAAGUAGCAAAAUGUAUCAAUGUCACCGUAUGGAUUCUCUCCUUUUUGGUUGUACUCCCAGUAGUUUUGUUUGCUGGCGUUCCAAAAGAUUCAGGUAUGUGUUAUAUUGCUUGGCCUGAGCCAGAGAAAGCAUGGAGGACUGGCUUUAUCCUGUACACUACUGCACUUGGAUUUUUCUGCCCAUUGCUUGUCAUCUGUAUUUGUCACAUACUUAUUGUGGCCCAGCUAAGAUCAUCUGGUAAUCGAGUUAGAGUGGCUCCAGCUCGGCGCCAGGGACCUGAACGUAAAGUUACCAAGAUGGUUGCCCUUGCAGUAACUGCCUUCAUACUAUGUUGGUUACCAUUUUAUGCUUUAAACAUCAUCAACCUCCUAUGGCCUCUACCUGAAGAUCCUAGGCUUGCCGGACUUUUCUCUUUUGUUGUAGCUCUUUCAUAUGCUAACAGCUGUCUGAAUCCCAUUAUUUAUGCCCUACUUGCUCGUCCAUUCCAGCGGGGCUUGAGACGUGUUCUCUGUAGGACCUCCAUGAGGGUAGCAGAUGCAGUUCUGAAUGGAAGUGAUAACAGGGCAAAAGUGGAAGUGACUAGAGUUACUGGUUUCUCUGAAGAAAGAAAAAGUCCAAAAGUGAUUGGGGUGGCUGAGAAUGGGCAGAUAGCCGCAGUUGAAGAAUCACUGCAGCAAGAUGCUGGCCCUUCUUCGCAAAAUACUAUAUCGGAGGAACUAGGCACUUCUGAAAAAGAAAAUAUGUUGGGCAUUUGUUAUUUGUGAAUGUCCACUCUCUGGCCAACCAAUAUUUCUUGGAGUCUGAAGUGGUAAAAAGCUAUUCCAAAUCCUUCAAAUAUGACAUGACCUAAUGUAAAAGCUACAAUCUCUUGGGACUUUAUCUUUUCGAAACAGUUCAUUUGAAAUCAUAACUUCAGAAAGAAUCUUACGCAUUAUAAAUAAGUAAUUGUAUCAGCAAAAUGUUGGAACAUUCAAUUUGGGAUUAAUUUCCAAAGUUUAUUUUUAAAUUUCAAACUGGUCUUUGCAAACCAUCUUGAAACAUAAUCCCAUUUUAUCGUAUUCUUAAGUAUUUGACGGAACGUUCAAGCAUUUGAGAUGAAGGGAUGAAAGGAAUCAGAAGCCUGCAAAAAGAAAAGAUUAUGCUUAUAAAUUUCUGACAGCGAAUAACAUUUUUAGCGAGUCUUAGAUUGUUACCUCUGCGGGACAGAGAUGUAAAAGAGCCAAAGAACUUUCGCAUAAAAUCCCAUACCAUUGUGUUAUAGUCUAUCUACAACAAACAUUGUAACAUUUCUACUUGGAGAAGCUACAAACAGAGAUCAAUGUUGCCGAAAUGUGACUUUUUCUGUAUUUAAUGCUGCAUUUAUAAAAGGUAAUGAGCAAGUAAAAAAUAAAAAAAUAAUAAUACUAAUAAUAUGUUUUGAAUCUGUGCUACAGCAAAAGCCUGUUUAUUAGCAGAAAGCACCAGCUCUAUUCACACUCUACCCCCUCUCAUGUUCUUUUAUCUUGUGUUUUUUUUCCACUUACUGCCAGUAGAAUAUUCUACAUAAUGAAAUCCACUUUAAAAAAGAAACAAAAAGUUGUCAUAAUUAAAAAAAAGUUUGCCAAGCAAUGACAUGAAUGCAUUUUUCUCACAUUGAUAGAAAGGAGAUGGAAAGAUCGAUAAUUAUUUUGCACUUGUCAAAAAAAUAUUUGGCCUCCAUUUUUAUCCACCCAGAACACAUGGCCGAAAUCUAUGAGUUAGCUGCAAAACAGGAAAGAAUUUCUGUGGCGCAUAAACGCAAUCUGUCAAUAUAAGGACCCAUGACAUUUCUCUUUGGCCUAAGCAGUCAGUGUUUUCCUUGUGCCUGGAAAAGUAAAUAUGGUUUCUAAAGCCGGACAAAUAGUUUAUUGUGUUCUAAUCUGAUUUCACUAAUUAUGAGAAUACGUUCUGUGGACAAGUGGAGGAGAGUUUAUUAAAAUCUCCUGGUUUGUUGAGAUCUUAUUGAAUGCAGCUGACCAUCAAUGCAUUAAGUAUGCAAAUAUUGAAAGAGGCAAUUCAGAGGACAAGGACAGAAGUUAAAGGGAGAUGGCAAAAUUAAUUGACC